AUGGAUGGUUGCGCGAGCCUUUUGAAAUCUGAUGUCCACGGGGUGAAUCCCUUUGACAACAGGAUCAAUGGGAAAUUACUCCUCUCGUGGGACAAUCUGACGGUUAAAAUCAGGACCAAACGAAGUUUUUGGGAUUUUUUUUCGGUGAAAGUCGGACAAGUUCCGACGAAACUGGUGCUCAGGGACAACUCGGGAUUUGCUGAAACUGGCCAGUUGGUUGCCAUCAUGGGCCCCAGUGGAGCUGGCAAAACUACUCUACUUGCUACUCUCGCGAGACUCACCGACCCAGCGGCCGGAUCGAUUCGUCUCAAUGGAGUUGAAUUAUCCAAGGGUGAUAUGUCAACGAUAGCGAGCUUCGUUCCACAGUUUGAUCCACUACCUGCCAUGCUGACGACUGGUGAAUACAUAUCAUUCUUUUGCGCCCUGAAACUCGAUAAGUGCACAUCCGCCAGGGAGAGAAGUUUCUUAGCGAUGAGAAUUAUUGAGGAACUAGGACUGUUAGACAGCCGUGAUGUUUUAAUAUCAAAAAUCUCCGGUGGCGAGCGAAAAAGAGUCUCGAUAGCAGCGGAGAUGGUCACGAAGCCCAGAAUUCUCUUUCUCGACGAGCCAACGACCGGAUUGGACUCGUGCUCGGCACUUCGCGUUAUUCAAUCGAUUAAAAUCGCCACAAGUGACAGCAUUGUCCUCUGCUCGAUUCAUCAGCCCGGAAUAACACUCUACAAUUUAUUUAGUCACGUUGUAUUUUUGACUGAGGGAAGAACGGCCUUUUUUGGGAGUCUGGAGAAUGCUAAGAUCUUUUUCCAGAGAGAAGGAUAUAACUGUCCGCAUGGAUUCGACGAGGCUGAGUAUUACAUUAAGGUCUUAUCGUCACGACAUUCGGAGGAUCUCAUGGCUGAUGAUCUCGACAGGAAUAACGCUGAGGGAAUUUGUAACGCUUACAGCCGUUCAUCUUUCUCCGAUUUUUCAGAGAAAAUUGGAGAAGGUCCGGUGGGAUUUGAGAUCGAAAACAUCGAAAAAUCAUCAGCACGAUGGUUCACCCAGGUUAAUUGGCUCGCAUGGAGAUAUUACCUCGAGAACAUAAGAGCUAUGAUGAACGGAUUGAUUGCAUUCUUCUAUUACGCUAUCUCCAUUGUGCUGAUUGGAAUUUUUUACAUUGGAAUUGACACUGAGAGGCAAUCUGGCGUGAAGGAUACGAUGGGAAUGCUCUAUAUGACGGGCACAGAGCUCGUGUAUUCGUCCGCAUACACAGUAUUGUAUGAAGUGCAGUCGGAAAUUCCAAUUUACCUCAGGGAGAGGCGAUUCUAUGGGCCGACCGCGUAUUACCUAGCCAUGGUAUUUAGUUGGGUCCCCAAAGUCAUGGCGAAGUCGUUAUUCCUCACGACUUCAAUUAUCCUCAUCCUGAGGUACGACGAAGGAACUUUCUUUAUUUUCCUCGAGUAUUUCGUUGCAACGACUGCCUGCGGUAUCUGCGCAUCGGCUUACGGAAUUAUGAUAGCCUGUCACAUUGAGCGGGUCAGUGUUGCCAUUGACAUUAUGGCACCCAUCAAUCUACUCGCGAUGCUCAUGGCUGGGGUUUUUUAUAAUCUGAGAACUCUCUCGUGGGUAGCUGGGUGGCUCAAGUAUCUGUCCAUUUUUCAUUACUCACACGAGAUGAUGGCUAUUAUUCAUUGGUCGAGAGUGGCUAGGAUCGAGUGCGAUACGAAACACUUACCUUGUUUUGAGUCUGGGGCUGACGUCCUCGCUGAGUAUGGGUACAGUCAGAGGGACUGGUGGGGCAACGCCGGGGGACUGCUGGCACUCACUGGGGGUGCGUUUUUCGUUGGGUUCUUGGGGGCGCUGAGGAGGAGAGUUGUCAAGUCUUUGUAUUAAUUAUUUUGGAUUGGAAUAAAUGGUUUCAAAAAAGAAGAGCCGAGGAUUAAUGCAGGAUGGAAAUCACCAGGUCAAAAAUUUUUGACGCGCUUUACAGAAUCGUUUGUCAAAUGACAGUUUCACUAAAAUCUUAGGGAAUUCGAAUGGAAAAAAUUCGGCUGAAUUGAAUUCAAUGUCACUUUCCUAAAAAUUACUAGUCAACUGUCCACGAAAUUUUCCAGAUUAAAAAAAAAAACAGUGUAACGAUUUUCGAA